UAGAUUUAGAUUCCUGGUGUGGAUUGGAUUGAUGUCUUUGUUGAUAGGCAUUGCAAAGCCCAAAAGUGGGGACAGCAUAAUGGGCAUUACUGAAACUUUUAUCCUUUCGUAUUCACCAUGUCAUACUAGUCUAGAACUAGAAGGCAAACGCCCAAAAACCAAAUCCCUCAAAUCAACCAACAUUCCCACAUUCCAACCAUGAUUUCUUCCCAGUACCACUCAAUUCCUCUUUCCUUUCUUCUUCCCUCAACCCUUUUCAUCCUAAUCCUCUCCACUUCCUCUGCUUUCACCAUCAAAGAAGCCACAAUACAAGACCUCCAAUUAGCUUUCAAACACAACUCACUAACCUCAAGAAAAGUAGUUCAGUUCUACCUCCAUGAGAUUCACAAGCUUAACCCUCUCCUCCGAGGUGUUAUCGAGGUUAACCCUGAUGCUUUGGGUGAGGCUUAUAAGGCCGACGAAGAACGGAAGGCGACAUUGAAAGGAGGGUUACCGGAGUUGCCGGCGCUGCACGGGAUUCCGGUACUGCUCAAGGACAAUAUAGCUAGUAAGGACAAGCUCAACACGACGGCCGGGUCGUAUGCGCUGCUGGGAUCGGUGGUUCCACGCGAUGCUGGUGUUGUGAGGAAGCUGAGGAAGUCUGGAGCAAUCAUUUUGGGAAAGGCUAGCCUUACUGAGUGGGCUAAUUUCCGCUCGAUUGGAAUGCCUAGCGGGUGGAGCGCUAGAGGCGGCCAAGGACAGGUGAGUCACCGAGUUCAGAAUUUUUGUGGUUCUCCUUGGCUUCAAAUCUUUCUUUGUGCAUGUGCGUUGCGGGCAUGUUUCUAAGUAUCAGUAUCGUAUCGGACGAUUUGUAUCAAAUUUGCAAAUGUCCAUUGAAGGGUACAAAUCGAGGGUAAAAAAAUCAAAUAUCUGUUUUUCUCUUUUAUGAAAAGCAGGGGUAUUUCUGUCUGAUAUGGAAGAUCCGGUACUGUCUGAUACCCAUUCCAAUAUUGGCACUAAAACCAUGGUUGCACGUGUACAUGGUCCGGUCCCAUCCCAUCCCAUCCCAGACCCGGAUGCUCUCUAGUGUGUCAACCCUUUCAACAACAAGAAGAAGCAUCAGACGGCUGGCAAGACUGGGACAUGAGACACAUACGCUGUGCCUAUCAAUUGUUUGAUGCACGUUGGAGGGGCUGGCGCUUGAGAUGAUUUGGUUCCAUUUUUCGGGACUUCUUUGAUUUACCCAUAAAAUUAAAGCUGGACUGGAUUCUUCUUAAGAAAAGAGUUGGUAUGGAUACGAUAUCAAUCUAGAUUGGGCCAA